GUUUUCUUGGAUAGCAGUUGGCAACACAAACAUUUCACUUCAAGAAAAAAUCAAACAGACUGGGAACUGAUUGAACACAGCACGUGGCGGAAAGUAGUAUGUUUUGCAUUCUUAAAUCCUCAAGUUUAUUUUUAGUUUGUGUUUAUAUUACGUUGGCGCCUUUUUAAAAUAAACUAAAAAAAAUGUGGCAGACGCCCUCAUCGCACGCGGAAUCUUCAUCGUAUUCAAAUGCGAUUUCAAACUUUUCUGCUGCUGGCAUUUUGGGAAUACCAGUGAGUGAAAACAACUACGACAUGAACUCCAAUAUCCAACCACCACGGCGAAGAGGUCAUCGGAGAAGAGAUUUCCAAACAAGCCAAAGAGUACGUCCUUAUAGAAUGGCUAAUUUGGACACUCCAAGCAACAUACCUUCGAGACAUUGCAAUAGACCAAAUUUAAAUCAGGAAAGUGAUUCACGACAUGCUCAAGAAGAAUCCUCCUUCAGGUCUCAGACCAAACGAAGCGGUGGCAAUCGGCAUGGUGAUGAUAAUGAUAUGCCCGAUGAUGCCGAACGUGAGCUUUUAGUUCGGGGCAACUCUCCGCAUUCUUCCCGUUCAUUUGAAACAUUGACUCCAGAAUUAUUGCAAUUAGGUGCACCGAUUGGCCUAUCUUCACCUAUUCAGUCGAGUUCACGUGUUAGCCGAAUCAACAAGAGAUCUGCAAAUGAAGUAGAGAUAGAACAACAACGAAAGCUUCCGCAACAUUUUAUAAUUAGAUUGGACAAUGUCUGGGAGGAACCAUUUGAAGUAAAUCCGAAACGCAUUAGUCCAUCCCACGAACGAAAUAUUUUGAAGCCAUUGCUGAAUUUCGAUGAUUCAUUCUUUUCGCCGCCACGAAUGGUUCCAGAGUUUCCUACACCGUCGGCUAGUGCUCGAAAGUUAGCUAAUAAUUUAAUCAAGCUUUCACGCUACCUAAGGGCACCUAACCUCACCAAGCUGGGCUGUUUGGAUUGCGGCGGUAUUCCCGUUCUGCCCGUCACCGGACAAUGCGGUCACACGCGAUGUAUGGGAUGCAUCAUGGACAAUGGUGCCUGUUUGUGCAAUAUGGCUGCUCCAGAAGAGUUACACGUUAAUACGGUAGUGCGGCACAUAAUUGACAGAAUGAUGACAUAUAUUACAAGAUCAAGGUCAAUCAUAUCUGGAUCGACUGAAAUGGAUGACCAUACUGUUCCACAGCUUGGAGCUGAGCUGAGCCACCUAGUCAAGCGCCGCUCUAACCGUUCAUUAAACACGCCUAUGGUGAACUCAACAUAUUGUCUCGGUCGCCCUCGUAUGCCGAUGACAAUACAGGCUCGCUAUCGCAGGGCGCGACAUUUGUUGGAUGUUGGCAAGUAUCUGGAGGCAGCACCACAUCUCGCCAGAGUUGGAGCCUCUUCGGGUCCAAUUGCCCGCAAUGCCCGUAUACUUUUGCAGCAGACAAUCAACGCCAUAUGGUGUAGGCACAGACAGAGCAGCAUUUCGCACAGCCUGCGGCAAAGCGUGCGCGAGCAAGCCGCGUACGACUGGCUCAAGCCUGCGGACCUGGAGUGCGUGCUGUGCACGGACACGUUCUCCAACCCCGUGUGCACGCCCUGCGGCCACACCUACUGCCGCGAGUGCAUCGAGCGCUGCAUGCUCUUCCAGAAAAAGUGUGCGCUAUGUCUCGGCUCGUUGAAAAAUUUUAACCCUGACGAGACUCGUGACACCGUAUUUAUCACGUCUAUCCUAUCUUCCAUCGAGGUGCGAGAUGCAACGGACGUGAUACCUAUUGUUACUUGCCAUGUGGCUUAUCCCGGAAUGCCGUGUCCACUGUUCUUUUUCAACCCUCGGUACUGCCAGAUGGUUCAACGAGUACUCGCGUCUGGCUCACGGCGUUUUGGAAUGCUCGCCUACAACUUUGCUGAAUUUGGGACAGUAGUGGAAAUUCGUGACUGCAUACUGUUUGAGGAUCGCCGUUGCAUCGUAUCAACGGUUGGGGUAUCUCGAUUCACUGUUGUCGAAAAAUUCAUUCAGGAUGGCUGUGACGUAGCUCGCAUCCGGAGGGUUUCCGAUGCACAAUUCAUCCAAGAAGACCGCCUAGAGCUCCAGAUGCUAGCGAUCCGAAUAUACAGAAAAUCUUUGAUUUGGCUUCGGAGAAUAAAUGUGCCUACCGAAACUGUACUUGAGGAAAUCGAGACUGCGUUCGGUAGCCUUCCAGACAAUAUGAACCUCGAAGACUUGGAAACGCCAGAUGGACCAUUCUGGCUGUGGUGGCUCGUCGCUGUACUGCCGCUUCACCGUGAGAUAAAGUUUCUAAUACUACAAACGCGGUCUCUGCUAAAGCGGAUGUUGGCGGUGUCGCGCGCACUUGAGCGUUUGGACUUCGACUCCAGACCUCUCAGGCCAGAGGCCAUUGUUAACUCGGAGGAAUGGCUUCAAAGUAUUGGACAAUGAGGCGUAAAAACAAGAAAGGUUAUGGUUAUUUAAAGGUGGAUCAAGAUCGCCGUCGCGAUCAGUAGUUUGGAGCUCAAAUAUGUGAUAAGCCGUGAA